AGUGUGUCAAUUAGAGCACGGACAGUGUUUUUAUUGAUGGAGGACGGUAUUGAUGUUUCGAACGUCACUGGGAUUUCCUCUGAUGCUCUGAUUGUUCAUCUACCGAUCUCAAACUCUGUACCUCUCACUGAAGCGGGCGCCGAGCUUUUGCAGGAACGUUGCUCCUAGAAGAUGCCGACGAGGGCUGAAUCACGAUCUUCCCGACAAACAUCCUGUCAGGAGACCGUUCUGAGUUGGACGGACGACUUACCAGUGUGCCCAUCCACUGGUGUGGGAACAGCUGUGAAUCAAGUAUACAGAGAAGAUGGUUAUAGAAAAGAAGAACAUCCCUUUGAGGACAGAACAUUUAGGUUCAGGCACGAUGGUAGCACGAGCCUCUAUGGUGUUCUCGACGGAGAUGGCGGAACACGGGCGGCCGACUUCACGCUGCAGCGCUUCCCUGCAGAGUUGCUACUUGGUCAGCUAGAUGGAAAGACUGAUGACCAGGUCAUAAAGGAUAUUCUUCAGCAGGCCUUCUUGUUUGUAGAGAAGGGGUUCUACGAGGAAAUUGACAUGCUGCUUCUUAACAAGGCUACCAUGCAGCUGCAGCUACAGUCUGUGUCGGCCUACGACGUCUUGACAAAAUAUCCCAACCUGGCGAGCAAGCUGGAACAGGUGAAUGCCGAAGUCGCAACUGGCACCUGUGCCAUUGUGGCACUGCUUCGCUGCAACCGUCUCUACGUGGCCAAUGUUGGCACUUGCCGUGCUUUGCUGGUGAAGAGUAAGGAAGGUGGACGUGGCCUCGAAGUGGUUCAGCUCAGUGUCGACCAUUCGCUGGCCAAUGCGGACGAGCUGCUUCGACUCAUCUCUUUGGGACUUUCACCGUCUAAGCUGAGGGGUGGAGCCGAAAAUGCCAAGCCCCUACGCUACACACGUUGCCUAGGAAACUGCUCCCUCAAGGGUGACUACAAAGAGAAUGCUCUGCUUAGGAGUGCAGAAGAAGAGCCAGUUAUUGCUGAUCCGGAGAUCUGUGGAGGAGUUGAGAUUGACGGAUCCUGUCUUUUCCUUAUGCUAAUGUCGACGGGACUAUAUCAGUCCUUAGAGGAAGCAGGAUUCCAAGAUGGGACAAAUGAAGAGUUGGCUCAGAUGACGGUGCAAGAAUUUCGACAGCAGACGACGCUGGACGAUGUCGCUCAGGGCGUGGUCGAUCGUGUCGUCCGACUGCAUCGUGAUAGAUAUAUGAGUGGCACUGAUGCUGCAAAUGCUUGUCAAAAGCGACAGGACAUCUCCCUGCUGAUCCGCAACUUCAACCAACCACUCGGAAGUCCAGCUCCAAGCAGAACGCCCAACACCCCAGAAUCUCCAUCGGAAACGUUGUCUGGAACGUUUUCUUCGAGCAGGAGCUCCAGCGAGGCGCCGCGGACAUUGUUUAAGACGACUCGAAAGACCAUCCCUGUCGACGAGGACGGCCGGAUCAGGCCCUACGUCGACUUCUCGGAUUUCUACGGAGUAGCCGAGGAGGCCCAGAGGAACGGAACGUGGCCUUCAGAUUUGGAACAGUGACAGGGCGAAGCUCACACUGACACACACUGUUUUCCAUAUUUUCUGUACAUAGAUUGCUGUUAUAAAAUAAUAUUUAAUACGUUA